AUGCAGAAUACGCCCUCUUUCAAAACUCUAAGGUCGUUGUGGGAAAGUACAGAGGCUCAGUUAACAAAGCAAGUAAGCUUCUUACUACCACAACUGGACUUAUUAUUUGCUUGUGUGGCUUUAUGGUCAGCUAUUGGUGCUAUGAUGGAUGGUAGGAAGGCUGUGAGAAUAGCUGAGUGGACGGCUAGGAAAGACUACUGGGAGUUCUGUGAAACAAUUGAAGACCAGGAGGACGGGUAUGACAGAGUAACAAAAGCACCCCUGGGUCCACCGCCACACACGUUCUCUGGAGACAAUCAACAAAAUGGACUACUGGCUGGAGAAGCCGGAGAGCUCCUGCCUGCCCAGUCACCUGGCACCGGAGCACUUCACGCCGAGCGAUUUUUGGCAGUGGGUUGGAAACUAGUUUUGACUUCAAGCCCACUGCAACCACUCUCUUUUACUCCGAAUGGACACCGGAAUGACCUCGGCCCUCAUAAACGCCGACUUCCGUCACCUGUUCAAUCACGACUUCUGCCGUCAAUCCCGGCGGCAAUCUGGCCAUUGGACCUGCCGUUAAUCCAAGCAUCAACUCCUAUGCCGGGGUUCUCGUGUCGUAUCUGCAAGGCCACACUGAAAUUAGGUUUUGAUGAGCCACCAGAACACCCCUGGGACCACAAUAAUUGUUACUUUGUUUCUUGGUGCUGGUCAUGCAUUGAUGAAGCUCUUUAUGGGCUUUAUUACCAGCGCGUAGACAGUCCUCCUCGUGGUAUGGUCCUACAUAUCAAUGAUAUUCUCAGAAUCAAUGCGGAAACAACCGAUGAUGGUGGUGAAGUCGACAAUGUCCUGACACAGAUCUCAUGGCAGAGGAACUUCAAUCAAGUUGUCGAAGCUCUCCUCUAUCGGGUGUACUUUGUCUACAAUGGUGAUGAAAAGCACGGGGGGGCGCCGUAUCCUGAUGAUGGAUCCAAAAGCGCAUGGUUGAGCCUUGGAUAG